AUCUUGUAGUAUUUGCCGAUGCAUAGCCUAUUUUCGACAGAGCAUAGGGCCACAUCGUUUUUGUGUAUAGGAAAUGUUAAAUUUCUUAUACACAGCUGUGAUCAUAUAUUUUCCAUAAAAAGGAUUUAAUUAAUAAUCAAAUAUUUACGUCAUGAUCCUAUGAUUGUACUCCAAUAUGCGUUAAAUCAUCAAAAAUAUCAUCAAAAUGCCACGUAUAGAUCCUCUAUCUUUAUUGAAAUGUCUUAGUGUUUUAUUGGGGCCAACUGGAGGUAUAAAAAGUAAAGAAGAAGUUCAUCGGUUGGCUAGUUUGAUGACAAAAUUUUCCAAAAAACUUGUUUCAAAAUGCAUUUAUAUACAAAUAUUGAAAACUACAAAUACAGAUUUACUUAGUCAAUUUAUGGGUGCUGGAGGAUGGAAUCUCAUACAUAUGUGGCUUACAGAUGGUAUUCUUGCAAAAAAUUGGGCUUUAAUUCAAGAACUUCUAGAACUUUUAUUAUUAUGCCCAGUAGAUAUAGAAAGAUUAAAAAGCAACAAUUGUCCAAAAUUAAUAAAAGGUCUAUCAAAAGAAGGUAGUCAUCAAGGUGUUAGAGUGUUAGCUAGUCGAUUGGUUGAACAAUGGUUAAAAAUAGUGAAAGGGGAAGCUGCACCAAAUUCUGUACCAGCACAAAUCAUGACUAUUCCAGUACAAACUACAGGAGUUCUGGGACAAAAUUUGGUAUCUCAAUCAGCACAGCAGCAACAGUAUUCAAUUCAUUGUGGUAUCCAACAAGUCCCAGAGGGUACAGAAAAUGCAACAGUUCAAGUGCAAGAUUUGCAAUUUAUUUCAAAUUCCGCAUCAACUAUUGCAGUAUCUCACAUUCAUCAUCAUCAGCAGCAGCAGCAGCAACAACAGCAACAACAACAACCAUCACAAGAACAACAGGUACAAGAGAGAACAACUAUGCAACCUUUACAAUUGCAAGUUGUUAGUAAACCACAACAGAUGCAAAUACAACAACACUUAUCAUCACAAUCAAAAAAACCUGCUUUUGUUGUGGUAUCUACAUCUUCACAAUCUCCAGUUCCUGUGUAUAAAAUUACAAUUCGUGAAGGCAAACAAAUUCUUACAAAAGUGGAGACAGAUGCUUCUAAUAUUAAUAGUGUUUUAAAUUCAAAUAGUACAAAUGUAGAUGUUAAUGGAGAUAUUGUGGAGAAUACCCUUCCUGUGAAACAAACUCCUGAGGAAGUAGCAUCUACAGAACUUAGUGAUGGUGUAGUUAGUGGUCAAGAUUGUGAAAAAAACAUUGCACAAUCUGAAAAAUUAGACCAAGUUUCAAGUGAAGUGAAACAAACUAUAGUAGAUUCCACAGAUAAUCUUGAUGUGGAACUUAUUAAAAAUAAAGAAAGCAAAGACAUUAAAGAUCUUAAAGACAAUACUAAUAGUGAAAGUAGUAAAUCUAGUAGUAAUAAAGAAAAUCGGGACUCUUCUAAAAAAGAUGACAAAAAAUCUAGUAGUUCAGAUAAAAAAAGUCAUCAUAGUUCAUCUUCAUCCUCCAAAAGUUCUUCUAAACAUACUUCAAGUUCCAGUUCACAUCGUUCUAGUUCCACAUCUUACAAAUCUAGUAGUCAUCGUUCUAGUUCUAGUAGUAGUUCAAAAAGUUCUAAUUCCAAGGACAAGUCUUCCAAGGACAAAGAAAAACAUCAUUCAUCUAAUUCAUCCAAUAAACAUAAUUCUAGUAAAAAUAAAUCCGAUAAAGAGCGGGAAAAGGAAAAACAGAAGAAAGAUCAAGCAGAAAAAGAUAAAGCAACAUUAGAAAAGAUUCAAGGACAAGCAUUAAGUUCGAAAUUCGGAAAAAUACCCAAAAAAAAGUCGGAAGAGGAAAAAUUAAGCGAUGUAACUGUAAGGAAAUCAUCAACAGACUCUCGGGAUAGUUCUAAAGAAAAUAAGACUGAUUCAAAGAAAGUUGUUGCAGUACCAGAGAAGAAGAACAUUUCUAUUUCCAUUGAGAGUAGAAAGAAUUCUCAAGAUUCUACAAUGCGGCCAAAGACUGUGAAAACAUUUAACUCUAAAUUCAGAUCAACAGGUUUAGAGGAAGAAGUAAAACCUCCACCACCAAGAUCAGCAAAAAAAUUACAUCCCAUCAUUGAUAAAAAAGUCAUACCACAAAAAUUACCUACCUUAAAAAGGCCAUCCCCACUUCGAGAAUCUAUUUCAUCAACAGAUAAACGAGCUAAAUUAUCAUUGGAAUCACCAACUACACCUCCAAGUGAAGAAAAGAAGGGAGGCAUCAAAUUAAUACCACCAAAACCAAAACCAAUGGUUUUGCAAGAAAGUGAUAUGUUUAUGGAUGCUUUGACUGCAUCAACGAAAAGUAAAGAACCAAGAAAGAGAAAACGAAGAACAUCUAUCACGAAAGAUGGUCCCACGGAAGCUAAGAAACAAGAAACUGCCAAUAGUGAUAAUCGUGAUGUUACACCUCCACCAACUUCACCACCAAGUGCCGAUGAAAAAUCACCCGUUGUUGUCAAGCCUAAUUUUAAAUUCUAUCAAGAUACGUUAGAGACGGAUGAAGAUAAAGAACAAAAGGAAAAGGAAAAUUCAGAUGAAGAUGCAAAAAAAGAAAAAGAAGAAACGAUAGAUGAUCAUAAAGAAAACAGAAUAUUCAAAACGGAUAUAGAUGAUGAUGCUAGAAGUAACACACCAACACCGGAAGAUGAUACGGAAGAAAAAACUAAUUCUCCGGAAGAUAUAUCUUCCAUAUCUGAAUCAACGAAAAAAGAAAAUAUUGGUUCUUAUCCAGAAAUACGAUACGUUGAUGGCUUAAGAAGUGUUUUAUUACUUCAGAAACGCAAAGGACCAAAGAAAAUAUUAAAAUGGAAAACAGACCUUGAAUCAGUGCGUUAUUUCGAAUUAGAUGAAACGGAAAGAGUAAACGUAACAAAAACAUUUACUGAUAUGAAACAAAUGGAAAAACAGAACGAGAGAGAAGCAUUCCAGAUGGCUAGAAAAUUAAGUAAUGAAGACUUAAUGGAAGAAAGAACAAGAUGGAAACCUUUAAUUCCAAUUGAUUUACCGCCACCUUUAGUAGAGCCUGGAAAAGAUAGCAGAGAAAAAGAUAUUCAAUAUGCUCGAGAAAAAGGAAUAUUACAGGCAUUAUAUUUUAAUCGAAGCAUGAUUCCAGAUUCUGCAGCAGAGCCUGAUGAAGAACGACAUCAUGUAUAUAACGAACCUAAAAUCAUUCCUCUGGAUGAUCUCACGGGAAAUAAGGAAAGUGAGAAAGAUUUUACAUCUAUGCCAUGGCCAGAACCAAAACCUCAAUUGCAACCUCAAACACCGACAGUUUCGAACUUUCAUUAUCCAUCAUUUUCUCAUAAUCAACAACCAGUAAUGACACCUAUGGGUCCUCAAACUUCAAUGGGCCCAAUGCCUCAAAUAUCUCAACAAAUGAUGGGACCUUCUCAUAUGGGUCCAAUGGGUCCUGAAAUGGGUGGUCCAAUGUCUACUGGAGGAGGAGGAGCAGGAGGAGGAGGAGGAUGGAGAACUGGAGAUGGAAAAGUUGUUGUACCUGAUGGAAUGGGAAUGAAUCCAAUGGGAAAUAUACCAAAUGCAUUUCCACCAGGAAUGGAAGGUGGUCCAAUGGUACCACCUGGAAUGAUGGGACCGCCACCUAUGUAUAAUCAACAACAAGAAAGUUAUGGUAUAAUGGGUCCAGAAGAUAUAGGAUUCAAUAAUAUGAAUCCAAAUAAUUUUCAAGGACCUCCUGGUCCAUUAUAUGGUCCUGGACCUAAUUUUCAAGGUCCUAGAGGUGCUGGUCCAAUGCAUGGUAGAGGUCGAGGUGUUCCUGGACCUGGUUGGUAUAGAGGUGGUGGAGGACCUCCUGGAAGAGGUGGAUGGAGAGGAGGUGGAGGUGGAUGGAGGGGAAAUGGAAAACAACCACCUGUGUGCCGACAAUUUUCAAAAAAUGGUUAUUGUCGAGUCGGUGACAAAUGUCAAUAUUUACAUCCUGGAGUGAAUUGUCCACCAUUUUGAAAUAAUUUAAAAUAAUGAAUAAUUUGAAAUUUUCAUAGUAGUGUAACAUUCAUUCUAUUUGAUAUGAAUCAAUAGAAAUGAAUACGAUACAACUGAAAUCAUAUUAGACACAAGCUCACAUUAGCUAAAAAAUUUAAUAAUGUGCAAUCUUUUAUUAAAUAAUGCAAAGAAUUAAGCACAUAAUAUUUACAUUUACAUUUUCACGAGAUUUAAACUAUUUAAUUUAAUAUUUGAUAAUUUUCAAUUUAUUUGCAUCAUAUAAUACGAAAGAUAAAUAUUAUAAGAAAAAGCAUAAUAAAUUUAUUUUUCGUGAAAUAUACUUGCAGACUUUCAAGAUUGAAAACUGCUUUAAAUCUAAAAUGACAAUGAAAGAAAAACAAUAGGUUCAUCGGCUGCUGGACGGCAAGAGGUUCCUAACAUAUUACUUUUUAUUAUAAUUUCGAAUAGAUAUUUUAGAAAGAAUUUGAAGGAAAAAAUACUUUUAUUUAUUUCCAAAAUAUAUUAAAAAUUACGGCACUUCAUAUAAAAUGAUAUCUCGAUUAAUAUGUCUUCCCUUUACGUUCGCGGUUUACAAAUAGUAGCCACUGCCGAAAGUAUGGUUGAUGUAAUCAAAAAAAAAUAGAAUCGUUGCAAGUUUUAAUCUUAUUGGCAUGACGAAUAGAGUGAUUUCAAAAGAUAUGACACUAGUAAGCAGGAAGUGCAAAUUCCAAUUUAAUAAGCAUUUGUCUUUCCGAUUGCCAGUUGGGUGUUUUAUCGCUUUCUACAUACUAAUGAAUAUAUGUAAUUAAAAUGCUGUUAAAAUGAAUUAAGCGUAAUAUACAAUGGAACAUUAUAACACCAAAAGUUCAAAUAAUGAUUUAAGUAACUUUUUAUUAAAUUAAAAUAUAUUUAAUCGUGUAUGUAGAUUGAUUGUAAAUAUUAUAAUUGUAUCAUUUGUAUAAAACGUCGCUAGCUCUAAUAACGAGAGACUGUUUUAGGCUUAAAUAAUAUGUAAUAAUAUAAAAGAAAGCAAGAAUUUUUAGUAAAAAUGUGUAUGAUUUGAACUAGUUAAAUGCAGAAAGAUCUAAUAUUUUAUAGAGUAUAUUUUCACAUAUAAAUUUGAAUAUAUGCUCUAUGAAAUAGAUUACUGAUAUAUUAUUGUAUUAAAUAUUUUUUACGAAUUAAGGGUAGUGGUUAUCUUUUGUAUAUGAUUGAUCGUUAUGUUUGUAUAUAACAUUGAUUGUUGUAUAAGAGCUGCUUGAUGGAAUACAUGAAUCACACCUAUUUUCUAAAA